GCCUUCAUGAGGCGGAAUGUCGAUCCUUUCGUAAGUUUGCCGGACUCGGAGUUUGUCAAGACAUUUCGCCUCAGUAAGGAUGUGGUGAAGGAGAUUGCCGCGGAUUUAACUCCCCUGAUAGCCAAAGAACGCAGGCAAGAUGGUAUAUCUGUUAUGAUGAAGAUACUGAUUGCAUUAACAUUUUACGCAACGGGCUCCUACCAAACUUUGGUUGGCCAAAGUGCGAUACAUAAUGUAUCCCAAAAAACAGUUUCAAGGGCAUUGAGGCAAGUGACUGCGGCAUUGAAUGAUGCCAGGAUAAUACAAAAAUAUUUAAAAUGGCCAAUGCAGUCAACUGAACGGACUGCAAUCAAAGCAAGAUUUUAUGAAAUAUUUAAAAUCCCAGGGGUACUAGGCUGCAUUGAUGGCACACACAUAGCCAUUUUAAGACCCAUUGAACAUGAGGAGCGGUAUUUUAACCGAAAGGGAUAUCAUUCGCUUAAUGUUAUGAUUUAUCCUGUUUUUUUACAGAUCUGCGACUCUGAGCUGAAUAUUUUAUGUGUGGAUGCUAGUACCCCGGGUUCAGCCCAUGACUCCAAUGUGUGGCAAAGCCAUCCACUGUGUCAGCACUUGACAGAGGCGGCUAGGAAUGGUGACCAUGUGUUUUUAUUAGGUGAUAGCGGCUAUCCCUUAAGGAGGACGAUGGUCACCCCAAUUUUAAAUACAGUGGAAGGCACACCCCAACAUAAUUUUUAUAACCUCCAUGUGACUGCACGUAAUUGUGUGGAGCGCUGCAUUGGUGUACUGAAGGCCAGAUUCAGAUGUCUACUUGCGGCACGUGCCCUCCACUAUGACCCAAUCAUGGCAGGGAAAAUAGUCAAUGCAUGCUGUGUUUUGCACAAUAUAGCAAACAAAACUGGUGCACCCGUGCCAUUCCUGACACCAGAGGAAGUUGAAGCCGAAAAGCAAAGGCAGCAUCAGGUUGGCAAUCAGUUGACGACUGAGGCUGGCAUUUUACUUAAUGCCAUCAACGAUGAUCAACGCAAUCGUCGUAUUAAUAGGGACCUGUUAGAAGGACGGGCAUUUCAGCAGGCGCUCGUUGAUAGGCUGUGGAGAGAAAGGUAUUAAUGAACAAUAAUCGAAGAAUAAUCAUUUUAAUAUUAUUUUAUAAUAAUGUGAUUAGAGUAAUAAAUAUUUUUUAA